CACAGGAGCAGGCUUGGCCUCUGCGGAGCCGCCCCCUGGCCCUAGUGUCUGACCACACACUGCCCACUCUGCUCCGUCCCGGCUCCAGACUCUUUGCAGCCCAUACCGAGUGUGCCACCGCCACCCGAACCGGGACGCCGGCACCAGCGCCCCGCAGGCGGGCGGUGGUGGAUGCGCGGGCGGAAGCCCACAGUAUGGAUUCAGAUUCUGGAGAGCAGAGCGAGGGCGAGCCUGGGACUGCUGCAGGUCCUAAUGUGUUCAGCUCAAAAAGUCUUGCCCUUCAAGCCCAGAAGAAGAUCCUGAGCAAAAUAGCCAGCAAAACUGUAGCCAACAUGCUGAUUGAUGACACCAGCAGUGAGAUUUUUGACGAGCUCUACAAAGUCACCGAGGAGCACACGCAUAGCAAGAAGGAAGCCCACAAGAUCAUGAAAGACUCAAUCAAGGUGGCCAUCAAAAUCGGCAUCCUCUACCGGAACAAACAGUUCAGUCAGGAGGAAGUUGUAAUUGUGGAGAAACUGCGGAAGAAGCUGAACCAGACUGCCAUGACCAUGGUCAGCUUCUAUGAAGUAGAAUACACCUUUGACACAAACGUGCUCUCUAAGCUGCUGCAUGAAUGCAAGGACCUGGUCCACGAACUGGUGCAGCGACAUUUGACACCCAGAACCCAUGGACGCAUAAACCAUGUCUUCAACCACUUUGCUGACGUGGAGUUCCUUUCCACCCUCUAUGGUCCGCGUGGAAACUGCAGGCCCAAUCUCAAGAGGAUUUGUGAAGGAAUCAAUAAAUUGUUAGAUGAGAAGAUCCUCUGAACGGCUUCUUGUCUCCUGGACUUCUGCUGCUUUGAAGUUAGAACCAUCCAACCUGGUCCCAUAAGAAUCAAGCAGCAACCCUCAUUCCAGACGUUCUAGUUCCAUCCUCUUCAUGCUUCUGAUGCUGAUCCUAACCCAGAUGUAGUGCGUUGACUCUCUGAGCAAGGGCAUGAGGUUGCAAGUCUGAAAGAACUGUGUUUGUGAGCUCAAAGAACAGUCAAGGGUUCUAAGCAGGGAGCCUGCUGUGCUCACCACCGUGAGCUCAGUUCAUCUUACAGUGGAAGGCAUCCUGGAUUAGGACACAGAAGACAUGGGCUUGGGUAUCCAUCCUGCCACUACGGACUCUAUCUUCUGUGUUCCAGAGACAUGAUGCUUCCUGACUACCUCACAGGGCUGUUGUGAGGACCGAACAGGACAACUCACAUUCUUGAUUUUGUGCAACAGACACCAGUGAUUGUAUAUAACAAAUAGACGGGGAGUAACUAUUCCUGAUUGAUGGGGUUGGUGUCUGUUGUUGUGGCAUAUUUAAUAAUCACAGUACCAGAGAGGCUGAAAUAUGAGAAUUAUAAUUUUUUGGUAGUCUGAACCACAGAGUAGGGUUGAGACAAACCUGACCUAUAUAGAGGAAAUGAAAAAGAAAAAAGGAGUUGGAAGAGGAAAAAAGAAAUAGAACAAAAGGAAAAGCAAGAGUUCCUUGCCUGCUUUGAGAGAAAUGAGAGUCAAGGUGACGUUGUUCCCUUUGCUCUGCACGUGGACUGAGGACACCUAUCCAGGGCCCGCGGUGACUCUCCAUGUAGGAAGAGCAAUGCUUUCGCUAUCUCCCGGUUCUCUCUGGUCUCUCAGACUCUCCACUUUCGUCUCCAGCUGCAUCUGUUCAACAGUCAUUCCGCUUCUCCGGCUGUGCUAACGCACUUCCUCCGUAUCUCCUUUCAUUUCAUCUUACACGAGAAACUUGCCAUUUGGAUGAGUAGUUUUCAGUUUCCCUAAUGAGAUGAUAAAGUAUGUUUUGUGGGGUGUGGGGAUUCUGUGCUAAAAUUUUAUUUAUAACUGAUCUGUAAUAUUUCUAAGCAUCUGUUGUGGUGUAAAGCCUCAGUAGCUAUAUAUAUAUAUAUUGUAUUAUCAAAUAGUGUAAUUAGCAUAUCUUUCACAAAUAUUUAUUUUUUUCCUGAAAGGAUUAUUCAGAAUAUAAUGUUUUAUUUAGUAACAUUUAGUAACAUGUAGCACAUUAUUAUUCGCUAUAAUGACCCUAUUAUGAAACCGAACAGUAGAAUUUUUCGAUGUAACUAUCAACUUCUCCCAUCCCUUUCCUUCUCCACUUCUCACUCCACUUUUUCUUUCCUAGAUAACAACUUCUGAAGUAUUUCCUGUUUGUGAAUUACACAGUGUUUGUUCAAUGUCUGUCUCAUUGCACUUAACAUAAAGUUUUGUAAUUUCGUCCAUAUUGCUGCAAAUGUCAGAAUUUUUUUUACAAUAAAAACCAUUCUGUU